UCCAGCCUCUCCAGUUGUGUAUAUUCUAUGGGAGCCAGUUAUAUGGAAACUUCUAACAUGCACCACUGCCUUCUAAAACAUCCAGAUAUUUGUUUGUCUACAUGUUUUUGUGAGUGGAUACCGUAAAUUCUGCUUCCGCCACUCUACCCGUGUUUCUGAGUGACAAGGGAGCGUUUGAUUACAUUUUCACUGCAUGUAAAUUUAACGUUAGCUAUCACUAGUCAAAAUGGCGGACAACGACGACGAGAGCAAUAACAUGUCAAACGAUACAGCCGCCGAAGACAGGAAUAACAGCUCGCAAGUUCAGUCUGUCUCCGAGGUGGCACUUGGCGAGCAAUCAACUGUGUCUCUCGCCAGUUUAGUCAGUCAUGCCGCAGUAAGUAGCCAGUGUGUUGUAGCGGUGAAUGUUGCUGGAGAGGCUACCAACACAGACGGCUUAGCAGAAUUUUUCCACAGUAGCGAAGAACCAUCCAAGGAAGAAAAGGAUUGUGAAGCGGUCACAGAGUUGGUCGACAACGAUGGUUUGGCUGAACAGCAUGUUGUAACCUCCUUCAUCCCUAAACCUGAGAAUUGUGAAACCGCAGUAACAACAGAUACUCAAUGCGCUGCAGUUACCACAGAGUUGGUGAACGCUAUUACGCCAACUACCACUAUAAUUUACGUUCAACCCGAUGGUAGUUUUGUGGAGGGCUCUGGGUUGACUGCAGAGGAACAGAGGCAGUUAGUUGAACAGCUUGCAAAACAGCAGCUUGUUCAGGUAUCAGAAAGUGAAGCUGCUCGUAUAUUAGAACAGAGCCAGGCCCCCAAACCACAACCUGUCGCUCCUCCGCAGCAUCAUGGAUCCCUCGUACCAGUUGAUCUGCAGCAAGUGAUCGACCACGUCAACAAAUCACCACAGGCUGUUUUGCAGCUGCAACAGUCUCAUGUGAAUUCCCCAAAAGUAUUACCGAGAGUCGUGAAUGAGCAACCUGUGUCUUACAUCACUCUCGAUCCGGGCAGCCUGUUAUCAGGUGCUGGGCAGGUGAGUGUGACAACACGCCCACAGCCUCUUACCAUUGUUCAGAAUGCUUCACAGCGGCUUCAGAACGUCGCUAAGCACGUUGCCCUCCAACAAUCUCAGAAUGGCACCCGACUCAUCCAACAAAAGCCGGUGGAAACCAUCCGCAUCCAGGUGCAGGUGCCUCAGAAAACAGAGACCAAGGAGCAGACAGUCACACUCCUUCAGCCCAAGCCAAUGGCUGUGACUCCUAUCCGGGGAAAAGUGUCCACAGCCUCGCUGGUCAGCAGCCCACAGGUCAUUCACAUCACGCCCCUGCCUGGCCAGCAGCAGUACAUCUUGCAGAACCCCGGUGAGCCGCCCAUUCAGCUGCUCUUGCAGCGGCCGACUCCGGUGGUCACUACAAGCCCAACCCCUGUGCUGCACAAGCCUUUCGUCCAGAUACCCGUCAAUGGCUCACCCGUGCGCCCACCCGCACCCAAAGUCACCCCAGUGGCUGUGUCAGUGCCCACAUCUACAGUCACUGCCACUGCCACGGUCACAACGGCAACCAAACCUGUUCCUACCAAGCAGGCAGCUGUCGCCCCACCUGCUCCUGCUCCUGCCCCUGCCCCACCACCCACUGCCCCUGCUAGGGAGAAGGAGAAAGAGAGGCCCCGUGGAAGGAAAAGGGCCAAGAAGCCCCAGAAGAUCCAGACCCGCUCGGGCAGGGUGUCUCGUCCGCCAAAGCACAAGGUGCGGGACUACAAGUUCAUCAAGACGGAAGACCUGGCCGACAGCCACCAGUCCGACUCGGACGACUACUCGGAGAUCAGCGUGGAGGAUGAGGACGAAGACGGCAAGAAGAAGGGCGCGGAUGUCAACUUCAACAUCGCACCCAAAGGCUUCAAGUGUGACACCUGUGAGAAGUCCUACAUAGGGCUGGGAGGACUGUCCAGACACUACAAGCUAAACCCCUCUCAUGGCACUAGCCCGGCACCUAGCCAGGUCACUGGGGAUGCACCCACAACGGCUGAGGCGGUGACUGGUGGACAACAGGAGCAGCAACAGCCACGAGGCCCUGGGAGGCCUAGAGGGCCAGGCAGACCGGGGAAAACCCGCCUCGUAGGACGGCCUCCCAAAAGGGGUCGGCCUGGUCGCCCACCUAAGAUCCAGCCGCCCAACAUCGCAGAGCAGCAAGCACAGAGACGAAAAGCACGACUGAGAGAGGUAUUAGAGCAGUGCAACAAUGAGGACCUGAUGGAUGUCGUGUUCCCCAGGCUGUCGAAGGUCAUGAGUGUUUGGGAGUUCAUUCUGAUGAAGGUGGAGAGGGCCCGGACAGCCAAGCCCCAGUUCUCAGACGUGUACCGUGAAUUUGAGCAGUUACAUGGCCAGGUGAAGAAGAUGGCUCAGCAUCAUCCGGUCGGCCAGCCUCUGGAAGUGCACAACAUGGAGGUGCUGCGAUCCCUCGGCAUCACGGAUCGUCCUAGCCAGGCAAAGCCACCCGUUUCUGCACCAACACCAACAGCCACCCCCACAGGUUCUCAAGAGGGAAUGGCCACUAAGAACAUUAGACAUAUGGAGAAUACCAAAAUGCUGCCGCCAGCCAAAAGGUUCAAAAUGGAGAACCGCUGUGGAGAAACAAAUGGGUUUCAAAUCAGCCAGAACGGUCUUCAGAAGCCUCUAGUGCAGGAGGCCUCCAAAAAGGUGGAGACUGCUGUACAGGCUGCCACCACUGCACUACCGAAGCAGCCCCAGCCCCUGGCCCAGACGGCGCUCUCUGUCCCCAACUCGGGCACAGUAGCAGCGCUGGCCGCCCCGGCCCCGGCGGCCGCCGUAGCCGAGCCCAUGGAGACGGACUCCGUAGCCGUUUCCCUGGGGUCCCAGCAGGCGCCCGCCGCGCUCAUGGAGUCCUCCGGUGGCGAGAUCUCGGAACUGUCUCAGGACGAGGGCGGCGCGGCCGUGGACAUUGCCGAGCAGAUGCAGGAGCUGGAGCAGGCGCUGAGCUCCGAGCCUCUGCAGCCCGAGAGCCACGCGGAGGAGCCGCCGCCGCAGGAGCAGAGCGGCGAGGGUCAAGUCCAGGAGCAGGGACUCGAUCGGGUCUACAUGCAAGCGGAGGGCGGCGAGCUUCUGGUGCAGCACAAUCCGCUGACGUCGGAGGGCAUCGUGACCGUAAACGUGCCCGAUGUCGUCACUUCCACGACCACCGCGGCCAAACACAUCCAGGCACCACAGAAGGUCGCCCUCGAGAAUGUGGACGCUCUGCUGAGCUUCGAGACGGACGACGCCAAAAAAGAAAGCGCAGAUGCUCAUGUUGCUGGAUCUCAGCACUGAGCUUAAACACACAAAUACCACGUGUGUUUCAUCAUAUUGCAUAGUAUCCCUGUGACACAGGAUGUCAAGCAGGACUGCCCCAUCAGUUCUUUGCUGGCGAUCAGCCGUCCUUCAACACUAAUCUGACUUUUCAUAUUGUAAUCGAGUUUUGUUCAUGUUCAUCUAGCUGUUUGAUGAAAACUCUUCUUGCUCAAGUGAUUUGAGAUGAAUGUUUCAUGAGGUACACCAGCAAACAUAGGCCCUGUGUUAUGAUUAGAGUUGAUGGUUUGGUGCAUUAUUUGCAUAUUCAUGGGGAACAUCAAGCUCUUAUUUUCAUUAAGCUGUGAAAUAAUUAAUAAUUAUAUAUUUAUCCCUUUUUAAGUCAUCCUUCUGACUGUAAUCAUAACUCAAAAGAACAUGUAACAGCAGCUAAUAUUGCAAAUCAAACUGAAGUUUGAGGCGUGAUUUUAGGUUUCCGUUCAGGCUAAUUGCACAAUAUGUUCAAAGAGUACCAGGCAGUAAUAAAUAAGUGUUUUGACUUUGGUUUCAUCUUGAGGUGUGUAGCUUUUUAGGUCUCCCAGAUAUUUAGUGGACUGUUUCAGUUUUGCGUUCCCCAAAUUUCAGUUGGAUUUGAAGUUUUGUUUGUAUGAAAGAGAGUGUGUGUGUGGUAUGCCUGGAGCGUCUGGAGCAGAGAGCACAUUUCCUGCCAGUGUCACUGGCCACCUCUGCAGUGUAUCAUAGUUUUGUUUGUUUUAUUAAUUAUAUUGUUUUGUAAGCAUGUUUACUCUCAAAUGAAAAAAGCAAACAAUAAGAGCUCUUUUCAGUGUUUUUGUUCCUUUGUAUAGAUUUGUAGCUCUCUGUUGAUCAAAUUUGUCUGUGACAUGUUUAUAUGUAGAUAAAUGUCCUGUUUGAAGGCAGUCUUUGAAGUUGUUGCACUAUUUUAUUACUUUUUUAAUAUAAAUAUUCCACUGUACCGUG